AUGAGAAACCACACAAGGAUAACCAUAUUCAUUCUUCAAGGAUUGACAGAUGAUCCACAGCUGCAGGUUCUGCUAUUUGUCUUUUUGUUCCUUACCUACAUGCUAAGUGUUACUGGGAACUUGACCAUCAUCACCCUUACUUUGGUGGAUCCCCACCUAAGAACUCCCAUGUAUUUUUUCCUUAGAAACUUUUCCUUCUUAGAAUUGUCAUUCACAACAGUCUGUAUUCCCAGAUUCCUAUAUAAUAUGUCAACAGGGGACUAUACUGUGACCUAUAAUGCAUGUGUCACCCAAUUAUUUUUUGGUAUCCUCCUUGGAGACACAGAAUUUUUUCUCUUAGCUGCCAUGUCUUAUGACCGCUAUGUCGCCAUCUGCAAACCCCUGCACUAUGCAACCAUAAUGAACAACAAAGUCUGUCACCAGUUCCUGGCAGGGUGUUGGCUCUCUGGCUUGAUGAUCAUCAUUCCACCCCUUGGUGUGGGCCUUGAGCUCGAAUUCUGUGAUGACAAUGUCAUUGACCAUUUUGUCUGUGAUGCAUCACCAAUGCUGGAGAUCACAUGUUCUGAUACAGAGUUAAUAGACAAACUGAUUUUAGCUUCUGCUGUGUUGACUCUCAUCAUCACCUUAUUAUUGGUGGUUCUAUCUUAUGCCUAUAUUGUCAGAACAAUUCUGAGAUUCCCCUCUGCACAGCAAAGGAAAAAAGCCUUUUCCACUUGUUCAUCUCACAUGAUUGUUGUUUCCAUGACUUAUGGCACCUGCAUCUUCAUCUAUAUCAAACCUUCUGCAAAGGAAGGAGUGGCUGCAAAUAAGGUGGUGUCAAUCCUUGCAACAUCAGUGGCCCCAGUAAUGAACCCCUUUAUUUAUACUCUGAGGAAUAAACAAGUGAUACAAGCCUUUAGGAACUCAUUCAAAAGAAUUAUAUUGAUCUCAAAGCUCUAA